AUGCAAGCGUGGCCCUCGCUGAGCCGACGUUUCAGCACCCAGCCGCUUUUCAUGGCCCGACUUGCGCCACUUCUCGGGCGAAAGAGCAGUCGGUGGUGGCAGCAGUUGGAGCGGAGAUCGACAUCGUUACCCCAAAAAGGACAGGUUGGGAUGUCGAAGAUAGAAAAUCUUGAGCUCUCUUGGGAGAUGCUUGGGCCUGAAGUUGGCCCCAUAGAGGCGGUGGUCACGCCUCGUGGCCAACUCAGCCGAGAAGCUGCGAGACCUCUGGCUGCUGCACUUGCUCUGCAUGGAAAGCGAGUCCUGCUUUGGGACCGACGGUCCACGGGCAAUUCUAGCGCCUGGGCUCCGUUGGACGCAGAGUCUAUUCCAGAGCAAGAGGUGCAAGACCUCGCACGGUUGCUUGACAUUCUUCAGGCUCAGUCGGCUGAGCGAAGCCCUAUUUGCUUGAUUGGCCUCAGUUCAGGCGCGCGGCUCUCGGCCAUGUUCGCGGCUCGGCAUCCGCUGAGCGUGUCGCGUCUAAUCCUCCUUCCCACCGGAGAUUUCUACAGUGUUGCAACCCUUCUGGCACAAGCCUACUAUUCUGAUUGCGCAGAUGCAGCAGAGACUGGCGGCAUGGAGGCAGUCGCUGAAGCACAUGGCAGUCACUUCCAGAUGUUAGCCAAGGGGUCGGUCAGAGCACGUGACGAACUUCUGGCGGCAGAUCUCAUGGAGUUUGUGUCGGCCAUGCGCCAAUCGCAGGCCUUCUUGGAACGAUUUCAAGGUGAGCAUCUUUUGGGUCUUCACUCUUUCGAGGUGGCCACGCUUCAGGUACCCGUCCUGGUUCUUCACCAUGGUUUUGAGGAUGAUCGCUUGCACGCCCUCGAGGAUGCCACCGCUCUGGCAGAGCAGCUGCCGGAUGGGCAUCUGGUUGUGGAGCCCGACUUGGCCCAGUUCAAGAAAGCAGCAGCGGACUUUAUGCAUGCCGUCUAG